AAAUUCAAGAACUAAAACAAAAAUGUAUGAUGUUGGAAUGCACAUCACAUCCUUCUGUAGUAUGCGUUGAUGAAAUGGCGAUGGAGUCAGUUAAUAAUCCUGAACCAGAUCUUGAUGAGUUGAUAUAUCUUGUCGGAGGAUACAAUGGUGUAUUAUGGUUAUCGGCGUUGGAUUCCUACUCUCCUACGACGGGUGUGAUAAAAUCUAUAAAGCCAAUGAACCAUGGCCGUGCUUAUGUCUCUAUUGCAUGGUUGAAUGGUGAGCUUUACGUAUUUGGUGGUGGAAACGGUAGUUUGUGGGUUGACACAGUGGAAUCUGCGACCUUCUUUGAAUGGUGAAAAGGGAAGCUUAGCAGGUGCUACUCUAAAUAACAUAAUUUUUGCAAUGGGUGGUGCAAAUGGGGUAGAUUGCUAUGCAGAUGUUGAAAUGUUUGAUUUAGAUGUUGGUCGCUGGAUUUCUUCACGGUCAAUGCUACAAAAGAGAUUUGCUUGUGCAUCGGCAGAGCUUAAUGGUGCAAUCUAUGCCGUUGGUGGAUACGAUGGAAAGGAAUAUUUAAAGUAAGAUAUCAAAUCCGCUUUAUUUUUAUUUCAUGUUAAACUAUAUGUGACCUGUGGCUCACUCAUGAAUGCACUUAAAAACAUGUCCAUGCACUAUUAUUUUUAGAGGGCUUGAGUUUUGAAAAUAUAUGGGUAUGUGCACCUGUCACUUAUUACAAAAUUCUUAUUGUUAAUAACCAUGCUUGCGCCUUGCUUGUAAUCUAAUUUUUUAAUAUCUUGCCACUAUCAGACUUGGAUUCAUUGUACCUGGCUUUUAGAUGAAAAUCAUGAACUGUUACAAUUUCCCUUUGGUGAAGUAGAAAGAGUUUUUCUUGCUUAUGGUUUCAUCUACCUCAUUUAUUAAAUAUAUGUUCGGAUAGGUGGAAGUUUUUUGUGAUCCCUAUAGAAGGAAGACUAGAAUAGUCUCUAUAAAUAGUUAGUUUAUUCAUAUGCUUCUGCGGUUUCUAAAUUAAUUUUUGUUUUCAUUUUUUAGGUUAGAAAUUUCUUGGA